AUGAUCCAGCAACAGCUGAUACAGUUCCUGCCAGAGAGGAAGAUGGAUCCUUCUGCUGCUCUCACCCUGCUUGGUAGCUCAGUGGCAGCUGUGGUGGUCUGGAAAUGGCUGAGCAAAAAGACAAUCCAGAAGAAAAUGGAAGAGGCUCGGAGGACCCGGGAUGAGAGUAUGAAGAAAAUGGCAAAGGCUGUCCAGCAGUUCAGAGAGCAGGUCCCCAGUGUCCAGACAGAUGCCAUCCUGUCCCUGCCUCUGCUGGAACUCACUGGAAGACUCCAGGAAGGGUCUCUGUCCCCCAAGACUGUCCUCUACACCUACGUAGAGAAGGCCCUGGAAGUGACCCAGCAGACAAAUUGCUUGCGACAUUUUAUCCCAGAGUGUGAGGAGCAGCUUCAGGAAAUACAACAGCAGAAAGAGAAAGGUCUGCUCUAUGGCAUCCCCAUCAGCAUCAAGGAUCACAUCGGCCACAAGGGGCAUCUGUCAACCUGUGGGCUUGUGCAGUGCCUGGGCAAUCUGAUGAAGGAGGACAGUGUCCUGGUCAAGGUUCUGAAGAGACAAGGGGCCAUCCCAUUUGCAGUGACCAAUGUGCCACAAUCCCUCUUCAGCUAUGACUGUGGCAAUCCCAUCUUUGGCCAGACCUUGAACCCCUUCAACCACCAGAAGAGUCCUGGGGGCUCCUCAGGAGGGGAGGGAGCUCUGAUCGCAGGGGGAGGCUCCAUCCUGGGCAUCGGCUCAGACAUUGGUGGCAGCAUCCGCCUGCCAUCCAGCUUCUGUGGGCUGUGUGGGCUCAAACCCACAGCUGAAAGGCUCAGCCUGGCUGGAGUGACUGGCCCUAUCAAUGGGAUCCUGGCAGUUCCUGGUGCUCUGGGGCCAAUGGCAAGGGAUGUGGACAGCCUGGCCCUCUGCAUGAAGGCACUGCUCUGUGAGGAGAUGUUCCAGCUGGACCCCACUGUGCCCCCCAUCCCUUUCAAUGAGGAGGUGUAUUCCAGCUCUACUCUUCUGCGAGUCGGGUACUACGACACAGACGGCUACUUCCCGCUGCCCCCCUGCAUGCGGCGGGCGGUGAAGGAAACCAGGGGCGCUCUGCAGGCAGCUGGGCACCAGCUGGUGCCCUUUUCUCCACCUCGGAUCCCUUAUGUCAUGACUGAACUGUUUAUGAAGACGUUUUUUGCUGAUGGAGGCCGUACUUGGUUAGAUGUGUUCACAGGAGGUAUCAUAGAUCCAAGCUUGAAACCACAGGUGAAAUUCUUCAAGUUUCCAAAUCUGGUGAAGAAGCUGUUGGCUCUGCUUCUUAAACCUCUGUUUCCCCGCCUGGCUGACUAUCUGAGUGCCUUGAGUGGAAUGAGAUCAGUGAAGGAGAUGUGGAAUCAUCACCAUCAAAUACAGGCAUACCGCUCCGAAUUCAUCACCCAGUGGAAGGAACUCCAAUUGGAUGUCAUGCUGUGCCCUGUCCUGGGGCCUGCCUUCACCACAGGAUACCCUGGGAAACUCGUCACUGCCAUCUCCUCCACGAUGCUGUACAAUGUCUUGAACUUCCCUGCUGGGGUUGUACCCGUCAGCACAGUGACAGAAGCUGAUGAGGAAGAGCUAAAGCUUUACCAAGGAUGCUGUGAUGACCCCUGGGACCGGACACUGAAAAAGGCUGUGUCAGGAGCUGUGGGACUGCCUGUGGCCGUGCAGUGCGUGGCCUUGCCAUGGCAGGAGGAACUGUGCCUCCGAUUCAUGAAGGAGGUAGAGACCCUGAGCCGUGGGAAAAGGGCAGCAUAG